AGACCCUGCCCUGAUCCAUGCGAGUAAAAAGAUUGUGAAGCUGCGUGGUUGGUGGUUAAAUUUCGUUUCUCUCUCUAUUACAUGCUAUGAACUACUCUGCUCUCAGCCGCUCCUCUGCGCUUCAUCUUCCUAAUCUUCACUCCACCAACCCCACCAGGUCUGUUUCUCUCUCUAUUAGGAGCUGCAUUGUCACUCAGAAUGAUGCCAUUGAAGGGCAGAGCCUCAACUACUCGGUCACCACCCGCCUGGGCCAACUCACUCCCAUUCUUAAGGACUGUUCAAUUCGGAUUCCUUCCGGACAGUUGUGGAUGCUUCUUGGCCCCAAUGGUUGUGGUAAAUCUACGCUUUUGAAGAUUUUGGCUGGGCUUCUGAAUCCGACCAGUGGAACUUUGUAUGUGAAGAAGCCCAAGAGUUUCGUUUUUCAAAAUCCCGACCAUCAGGUAGUGAUGCCUACAGUAGAAGCAGAUGUUGCAUUUGGCCUUGGUAAGUUCAACCUGACAAUUGAAGAAGUCAGGUCAAGAGUGUCGAAAGCUCUGGAUGCUGUGGGCAUUUCUGACUACAUGCAACGACCUGUUCAGACACUAAGUGGUGGUCAGAAACAAAGGGUUGCCAUUGCUGGUGCUUUGGCAGAAGCGUGUAAAGUACUAUUGCUAGAUGAGCUCACAACAUUCUUGGAUGAAAAUGAUCAGGUCGGGGUGAUAAAAGCAGUGAAGAACUCUGUGGAUAGUUCAGGAGAAGUGACAGCAUUAUGGGUGACGCAUCGUAUGGAAGAACUUGAGUACGCAGAUGGUGCUGUGUACAUGGAAGACGGGAGAGUUGUAAUGCAUGGUAAUGCUGCAAGCAUAAUGGAUUUUGUUAAAGCCAGGCAAUCCUCCUACCUCAACCAAUUGAAACUUAAAUGACAUAGUUCUUUUUUGUUCUGCUCAUGCUUCUCUGUUUUGUUCCUCCUUCAUUUCCUUUCAAUUGAUAAAGAGAACUUACAAGAAAAGCAACAGAGGAGGUGUAGCCCAUGUAAAAAUAGGGUGUAUGCCGGAUAGGACACGUGUUGAGUGAUAGACACAUGCAUGGGCAUCAAAGAUCAGGAUAUUUGUGCCCUUCGACGCAAAUAUUUCUAUUUAUAAUGUGAUUAUUUUCAUAGUUGAA